AUGUUGUCUCUGAACAAAAUUGCAAAAUGUCUCUUGUCAAAUUCAAGAACCUUCCAGACGUCUGCAGUCCUCAAACAUGACACAAUGUUCAAUCAUAGGGAUACAAAGGAGGAUAAUCUGGAUAUCAAAUUUGAGUUCAGCGAUGAAAACAAAAAAAGAAUUGAUGCCAUAUUAGCAAUAUACCCAGAAGGUCAUAAGCGAGCAGCUAUGAUACCACUGUUGGAUUUAGCUCAAAGACAACAUGGUUGGUUACCUAUAUCAGCUAUGCACAAGGUCGCUGAUGUAUUAGACUUACCUAAAAUGAGGGUGUAUGAAGUCGCCACUUUUUACACAAUGUUUAUGCGAAAACCGACUGGCAAGUAUCACUUGCAGGUAUGCACAACAACUCCUUGCUGGUUGCGAGGAUCAGAUGACGUCAUGUCAUGUUUAAAGAAAAAAUUAGAUAUUGGUGUAGGAGAAACUAGCAAGGAUGGCCAAUGGACAUUGUCUGAAGUAGAAUGUUUGGGUGCAUGCGUCAAUGCUCCAAUGAUGCAAGUCAACGAUGAUUAUUUUGAAGAUUUGACUACAAAGGAUGUUGAAUCUAUAAUUGAUGACUUGAAGAAUGGUAAAACUCCUACUCCAGGACCCAGAUCUAGUCGGUAUGCAUCAGAGCCAAUGGAUGGAUUAACAUCAUUGAAAGAAGAACCCUAUGGUCCUGGAUUUAAAGUACGACCAGAUUUAUAA